AUGGAUGAACUGAAGAAGAAGAGAAACAUCAGAGGAGGACAUAGAGCUUUUGCAACGCAGUUGAUCAGACAGAUUGAAGAUAGUCUUGAAGAUCAAUUGAAGUUGAAGCAGCUUGAGAUACAGCUAGAUGAGAAAUUUGAAGUCUUAGAAAAAUUGGAUGACGAAAUUUUGGGUCUUGUAAGCGAAAUUGAUGAAGAUGGUUUGGGAUGCUUACAAGAAAUUUCUGAGGCUGGAGAGAUGAAGGAAAAAAUAAAUCUAGCGCUGCUCAAGUUGAAGAGUUUAGUGAAGAAUGAGAAGCAGUUGGAAUCGCGGAAGCCUAAUUUAACAAGACAUGGCUCAGAAGAAUCAGUUUAUUCUGUAGAAAGUUCAGCGUCGUCAGCAACUCGUAAAGUUCGUGCGAAGCUACCGAAGUUGGAACUGAAAAAAUUUAGUGGCCGCCCCCAAGAUUGGCAGGAGUUCUGGGAUAGUUAUAAAAGUGCGGUUUACGAAAACGAAGAGAUUUCAAAGAUUGACAAGUUUUCGUAUUUGAAGCACUAUUUGGAAGAGCCUGCCAAAAAAGUAAUUGCUGGACUUGCUUUGACUGAAAAAAAUUAUGCCGUAGCUGUCGAUUUGCUUGAACAGAGAUUCGCGCGACCAACGACGAUAAAAAGGGCACAUAUCAACGAGCUUCUGAAUUUAGAUGCGGUUUUUAAUGAAAAACAUGUUAAGAAGAUGCGAGAACUUUAUGAUACUAUUGAGACACACCAUCGUGGAUUGAAAGCCCUAGGAGUUGACGAAACAUCAUACUCGAACAUAGUUGUACCUGUUUUAAUGGACAAGGUUCCAGAGGCUGUUCGCCUGAACAUGAUUCGAGGAAGUAAGAAUCACCAAGAAUGGGAUAUGGAAGAAAUGCUUGUGGCUUUUCGAGAAGAAUUGGAGAUUCGUGAACAGCAUGUUUCGAUUUCAAUGGCUUUGGGAAAUGGGACCGUUUCUGGUAGGACGUCAUCAGAACGGCGCAGUGAGAUGAAACCGAGGUUUCCUGGUCGAACAACAACAGCGAGUGCGUUGUUCACGAAACAAGAUGGUGGAUUUGUGAGAAGAAAGUUCUGUGUAUUUUGCAAAGAAGAUCAUGAAGAAGCCGAUUGUCACAACGUCAGGAACAAGGAAGAAAGGAAGGAUCUUGUUUUUAAAUAUGGACGUUGUGUUUUGUGUUUAAAAAAGGGACACAGAGCUUAUCAGUGUCAUUCGAAGGAAAAAUGUAAGUUGUGUAACAAACGACACCAUGUUGCAAUUUGUAAUGUUGUUGGUAGUCAGCCUAGUGCUAACCAAGCUCGUGUCAAGACUGCUGAUACUACUGUUACCACUUCUUGUGUAAGUAAUAUAGAUUCUGGGGGGAGAGCAGUCUUGCAAACCGCCAAGGCCGUAGUUACAGGUAACAUAAGGGAUGUUAAGGCACGUGUUCUUUUUGACUCAGGUAGUCAGAGGAGUUUUGUAACACGAAGUAUGGUAGAAAAACUUGGUUUAAACCCCAUUAAGCAAGUGCGCUUAGGUAUAAAGACCUUCGGAUCUCAAAAUAUGGACGAGAAGAUAAGAGAUGUGGUCGAGUUAGAGUUGAAAGGAGUUGAAAGUGGAGGGAAAGUGAAAAUACAGGCCUUUGUUGUUAAUGAAGUUUCAGAAAUACGCAAUGAACAUGUUGAAAUAUUGAAGUAUGAUUAUAAGCAUCUUACUAACUUGUGGUUUUCAGAUGUUUGUAGGCACGAAGAUUCCCUUAUUAUAGACAUUUUAGUUGGAAGCGAUUGGCUUUGGACGCUUCAAGAUGGUCGUAUAAUACGAGGGGAGCCAGGAGAGCCUGUUGCCAUUCAUACUAAGAUUGGAUGGGUUGUGUCAGGGCCAAUAAAGGGUAAGUUAACUGAUUUGGUAGAAUCUUGUUCUUCAAAUUUGGUUGUAAAUGGUAAUGGUAUAACAGUUAAUUUGAUGCACCAGAAUAAGGAACAGGAAUUAGAACAAGACAUUAAAAAACUGUGGGAUCUUGAGACUUUAGGAAUUAAAAGGCAAGAUAAGGUGCAUGAAGAAUUUUUGGAUAAUAUAGAGUUUAAAGGAGAUAGAUACUCGGUUUGUUUGCCUUGGAAAAUGGGGCACAAGCCCCUUUCUACUAAUUAUACUCUUAGUCUCAACAGAUUGAAGGGGCAGUUGAAAAAGCUCAAGGAGAAGCCUGCAAUAAUGGAAACUUAUGAUGGUAUUAUAAAGCAACAAGAAAAGGAUAGAAUCAUUGAAGAGGUUACAAGUCUUGAGCUAAGUGAGAAGCUUAGUUAUCUGCCACACCAUGCCGUUGUACGAAAUGAUGCAGAAACAACAAAGGUAAGAAUAGUAUAUGAUGCCUCUGCAAAAGAUAGGAAGUCAGGUACCUCUCUAAAUGAGUGUUUACAUGUUGGACCACCAUUAAAUCCACUUUUGUUUGAUAUCAUGAUAAGAUUCAGAGAAAAUAAGAUUGCAAUAACAUCUGAUAUCGAAAAGGCAUUUUUGAAUAUUGAAGUGGAUAAAAAGGAUAGAGAUUGCUUGAGGUUCUUAUGGGUUGAUAGUUCUUGUGAUAGUGAACCAAACAUUAAAGUUUACCGCUUUAAUCGUGUUGUUUUCGGAGUAAAUAGUUCUCCUUUUUUGUUGAAUGCUGUUGUAAGACAUCAUUUAAGCACUUAUGAAACAGCUGAUCCAGAGUUCUCAGCAAAAUUGUCUAGAAGUUUCUAUGUAGAUGACCUAGUGUUAGGAUGUUAUGAUGUAGAAAGUGGUAAAGAACUCUACAAUAAGGCAAAGAAAAGAAUGUUAGAGGCAGGAUUUAACUUAAGGAAAUGGAAGAGUAAUGAUCCACAACUUGCUCAAUAUUUUAAGGUUAUGGAAGAAACUGGGAAACAUCCUGCAGAUGGAGGGGGUGAAUGUAGCUAUGUAAAGGAAAUGCUAGGGGAAGAAAUUUCAGACACUAAGAGUAAAGUUUUGGGAAUAACAUGGGAUAUGUUGAAGGAUAAUUUGGAAUUUGAGUUGACAAAAAUAGAGAACGAAGUACGGGAACAGAAUGCUUGUGAAUUUUCACCUAUUGUAAUUUGUCCUAAUCGCGUCGUAGAACCCCAGCGUAGGAAAUCUAAACGCGCAGCAGGUCAGGAUUCGCAGUGGAAAACCCGUUUGAUGCUUGACUCUUAA